AUUGGGCAGUCUUUGUUUCAGGAGCUCGCAAAAACGCAUUACCGAGAAUCGUGAAGUGUCUAUUUCUGGUUGACCUCGGCUUCGACUGCACAAGCAGCGCUAGUCCACAAAUCAGUUUCGUGAUUGUGAUCUUGUUUCUGUUUUCUGUUUCGCGUUUUUCUUUUUAUUCUUUCAAAUAGAUCACGAUCAAAAACAAAAUAUGUUGCCACCCCGUACUUCCCUUCGAGCCGCACCAGAUUGGCCCGACGAGCGGUCGACGCACGUGCGCAGUAGUCGAGCCAAUCCCCGCUUUCCAGCGGCCGAAUGGCGCCGGUGCCUCGCUUCGAGUCUCUCGACGAGCUUUUCUCCCACGGACAUCAUGCAGACGGUCGAAGAUCGUCACUUCCAGCAACAGGAGCCCGUUCUACUUCCGCAGCGAUUCGCUUUCUGCACAAAAACGCGUUCUUCUUUCGCCAGCAUGGCCGUUCUAUCGUAUGAACCCGGAACCUGGAGCCAAGGGCAGCAGCUUCGUGUGGUCCGCAGCGCGCAGGACGAGCAGUGUGUGCGGUUGCUCUACGCACUCUGCCUGCUCGCGCAGAACCGCGAGAACGAAGCGCACAACAUCGUCACGACGUUGCGGUUCGCUGACAAAAGUGCUGACGUGGUCGGGACACAGAAACUUUUGAAGGACGAAGCUUUUCUGGAAGAGCAGCAGGCUGGUCAAGAUCUUCAUCAUCGCUCAGCACCGCAGAAAAGGGAACCACCUGCGCAGUGGUCAGCUACACAGUCGGCGCGAGAAAGCGAAAAGACAGACCACACAACUGCAGACCAUUCGUCGGCGUUCUACUCGUCCAGCUUCUAUAAGCAAAGCCACUGCACACGAUAUUCGAUGGACGACGUCGCUAACGGGGAUGUCGACAUGCUCGACGUGCUGGAGAGUUUUGAGAAUCAAAGUGAGUCAGCAGAGGAGAUGAAAAUAAAAAGCAGCAAGGAUGGAACUGCUUCUACAACAACCAAUCACGAUACAACGUACACCUACGAUUUCGCCAGCCAGCAGCUACAUGCCUCUGCCGUCCAGGAGACGGAAUUCGGUACGCGCGAGACGCACAGCCGCGAAGUGCUGGCCGCAGCGACGUAUGUGCACGCGCUGAUCCACCGGCACGAAGGGUCCGUAGCCGGCGAGCACUCGUUGACGGGGUACGAGAAUUCCUGUUUGCUUUUCAACCAAAUCCCCCACGAUCAUCCCGUGUACAAAAAGUUGCGGAGUGGAAGAUGUAGUAGAGAAGGAAUUGCGGCAAUUGGAAGGAAAACGGCUUACGGAGCGAUGCUAAAUGUACGCAUAGCACACGCAAUGCGCUUCGGGAAUGAGACGGAAUUGCUAGCGUGCGAACAGGAUCACACCGAGGAGUGGAAAGCGCUUUACACGUAUGUGCAAAAGCUGGCAUAUUUUCGGGAGGAGGUGUGAUGUGGCUCGUUUUGGUUUUGGUUGAAGUAGAAGCGCUCUUGAACCUACGAGGCAGUCCUGGCAAAUCCAAAUGUUUCAAUGCUUUCAUACUAAUGAUACUGGUACAGUUUCCGAUGGUUGUGGCUGCUUACUUUAUUGUUCAUGCUAAUAAGCCAUCACGUUUCUAAUAGAGUGCGCACGUGGAAUACUUGCGCAGUGAGUGCUGAAAAAGAAGUGCCAGGGAAUGGCGAAAAUUCGGAGCAGCAUGGAGAUAAUGCGUUCGCGCGCUAUGAUGUUUUUGCGUAUUGAGUUUUUUCACCGGCCUCCAGCUGUGGCGUCUUCAGCUGCUGCUCAGUGGGCAAUAUCCUGAGGAGUCUCGCCGACCUUCAUUCUCG